AUGGACAUUAGCGAUAUAAACGACAUGAUUUUCUGCGGCCAAUAUGUAUACAGCACAGCCGUGUUGGACACUGCCGGCUUCCUGCUACUCUUGCCCACCAAAGUGCAUAUGAGGUGCCACGCAUCCAUGCCCAUGCCGUUGAAUGGGGAGCUGAACGUGGGGCUAGAGCCAAUGGAGAGAGAGAGAGAGAGAAUGAGGCUCAAAUCGAGGGUCAAGGGUCUAAGAGGCAAUAAGACGAGGCUAGCCAUCUCCUCUGCCAUGAGCACUCUUUAUCAACCCAUUUCGCCAAACGAGCCAUCCGAGUCUACAACUGUCAUGACUGAGAGCCGCGGAAGUCUCGAGCAUAGAGCAGCGGUGCUUCAAAGCGGAGAAGCCCGCAAUGAAAGCUCCGGAAAUGGCCCGCCUGUUGCCUCCAAGCGUGUCAACUCUACUGUUACAGAUAUUAGCAAUGAAGGCACGAUUGUUCUAAGCCGUUCUCUUUCCAGGGGCCAACUCUUGGAAUGCAUCAUCCACUUUUUCGCCAUCAGCGUAAGCAUCGGCAUCUGUCUGCUUCAUUUCUUAAAAGUGUACUGGACGGACGAAUCGACAUUGUCCAAGAGAUGGCGCUGGGUGUCGUCUUUUGUGUCUCUUGACAUAAACGACAUCAUCAAAGCUCUCCAGUUCGCUGCCAAGGUUCAUGAGAUUCUUAUCGUGGCUUCCAUCGGCGCAAUCGUGCUGUAUUUUGCACGGCGCCGCCUGGUUGGAGACGAGGGCAUCGCGCUUGGCCUGCUGAUGAGCAGUUACAGGAUCGACACGCCCUCCAAUAUGCUGUCGUCCAAGUUCUGGUCAGCUCUCAGCUUUGACACGAGCAACCUAGAUCCAGCGGCAAUAGGUCUGAGCCUCCUGCUGCUCGUCUCAGCCAUUCUCUGCCAGCUCGUGGGCCCGGCCUCGGCCGGAGUGAUGCAGCCCAGCCUUGACUGGUGGAACGUAUCAAACCCGUACGACGGCCAGCCACUGCCCCUUUUCCUGUCCGUCAGGGGCAACGAGACAUAUCCCCUGGCGUUGGACAACGGCACUUGGCCCCCAGAGGCGUAUGAUCCCAAUAGCGACGAGUUUAUAGCAGAAAACGCGACUGCCUGCUUGACUAACGCUGCGGAUUCAUGGUGCCCGGCAUUUGGAGUCAGCGUCGUGGAAAAUUGGGCAAUAUCAAACUAUGAGGAUCAUGCAACGCCCAAUAUCACCGUAACAGGAACCAGCGGCACGCAGAGAGCGCUUACGGCGGACUUGAUUGCGAAUGGAACUGCCAUCGCGGCCACGCAAUCCAACUGGGUCAUCCGUAUGUUCGGCCUCUUUGCCACAUAUGUGAAGCAUCGUUCCGCCUUCGCCGCCAGCUCCAUCACGUUGCCCAUAUACACAUCCACCGACCCGAUGUACGCCCCUGUUGUUCAAGUGCAAUGCCAGGCCUUGCUUGCCAACGACACAAGUGGCUCGGUCAAGUUCCUCACCGAUCAGCUCACCAAUUACACCGACUCUGGCGCCGAUCGGUACAAUCCUCAACUCUCCUGGUCAGUGCCCCCUGAAGCCUUGAGCCUCCACAAUCAACGGGAUUAUGCCCACUUCGAAUGGGUUGACCUUUCAAAGCAGACGACGACGGGCAUGUGGCGUCCAUCCUUGGGCGCCGUGGCCAAGAUACCUGGCUGGGUGAAUGGACGACCGGGCUUUUACAUCAUCCCGUGCAUCAUUGACGCUCGAUGGGCAGCGUCAUCGGCAAUUUAUCAGCCCAUAAUAAGCGAUAUAAUCAUCAGCAAUCUAUCCAGCCCCGCCGAUCUCGCGUUCCGUUCAAACAGCGCAGAGUCCAUCUCCUCCAAACUACGACUAAAACCAAAACCAAAACCAAUCUCACGCCAGCAGCUGGGCAUCGGAGAUGCUAUCCAGAUAGGCCUUAACUGGGCAAACUUGCUGAACACCCCUCUAUAUUCUUCUAACGACACGCGAGCCCUCACCAAUAUUGAGACGAUGCUGAACAUCUACGUCAGAAUAGAUGAAAACAACGGCACUGAUUACGCCGCCUUCACGGUGGGAGUAAACAACAACACCUAUGUACGCAACACUACACAGCUCAUGCACGCAGCAGAAAACACAACGGCCACCAUUCUGAGCCUCACAAUUGCCGAUGCGCUAUCGCGUCUCAGCGACGGUAUCGAAGCUUGGAACUUGAUUGUUCUAAACACCACCAGGGGCGGCAACGUCACCUGGACAGCUAUAGACUUUGAUUACUAUUCUAUCAACUCCUCAGACGCAACUUUCAUGAAGCAGUUUACGUCCCUCAGGGUCCAAGUCCAUCGCUAUGGCUGGGCAUACGGCUGGGGAGCCGUCAUCAUACUCGACGUCGUUGUUCUGCUUAUGCACGUUUUCAUGGUUGUCUCGUACGCAGGCUACCACCUCCUUCAUGUUCUUUGCUUCAGGGGACGCUGGUGGAUGACAGACGCGUGGAAUAACACUGCGGAUCUCAUCAUACUGGCCUGGGAUUCGUCGCCGACUACGGUGUUUCGUAAGGCAGAAGGGGCCAAGCCGUCGCUUUGGGCCCAGAAUAUCAAGGUUAGGGAGAGAAUUGGCGGAGAUGCAAUGGAGCUUGUGGCUGGACGACCAAACACCAAGGAUGGCAGGCUCCGGACCGGAAGAAAAUACACGUAG